ACAAGUUGUUGAAAGAGAAGCUGACCUAUCAUCACUAAUGGGUUAUAGAGUAUUAUCGUUAGAUGGAGGUGGUGGAAUCCGUUCAAUUGUUCAAUGUGUUUUAUUAGACGAAAUAGAGAAACAACUAUAUGCAACCCCAAUAUCAGAUCUUUUCGACUAUAUGAUUGGCUCAUCAACGGGGGGUAUCGUUGCAUUAUCGUUAGCAACUACAAACAAAACCCCAUUACAAAUGGUAGAUUUAUUUGAUAAGAUUGCAAAAAAGGUCUAUAAAACAAAUACUUUAUAUAAAUUAAAUUGUAGAGCAAAUAAAUAUAGAAACCAAGAAAUGAUAAAACUAUUAUCUCAAACAGUAUCCACAAAUCCUGAAGAUGUAAACUCAUAUAAAAAAGUUAAAGUUGCAGUUACCUCAGUUUUAGAUGAGAGUUUUCAAUUAGGUAAUGAACAAAAAGAAACUUUAGACUAUAAUGAACAUAUCAAGCCAUGUAUAUUCCCAUUUUAUUUUAGAAUCCCAUCAAUAGAUAGUAUUAGUGAAGUCCGUAAUGCUUCAAUAUUAGAUGCAGGUUUAGCAACAUGCGCAACACCAUCAUUCUUUCCAUCAUUUAAACUUGGUAACAACAAAUACAGAGAUGGUGCAUUAUUAAACAAGAAUCCUUGCAAUAUAGCUCUAUCAGAAACAAAACAACUAUGGAAUGAAAACAAUAUGGAUAUUUUUUUAUCAUUGGGUACCGGUACAACAUUUAAAGAUAGCAAUAUAUUAAAUAAUUUAAAUAACAAUAAUAAUACAACUCACAAACAAAAUAAUGGGUCUAUAUCAGCUUCGCAAUCAUUCAUUAGUUCAGAAUCAGAAGAAACAUAUGGUGGAAUGAUAAGAGAAAACCAAUGGAUGAACGAUAUAUCAUUUAGAUUAAAUCCAGAACUAUCGAAACAUAUAUCAUUAGAUUCAUCAGAUGAAAGCUCAAGAAACUUACUAAAGAAUGAAUCAAGAAGCUUUAUUUUAAAUAAUCAAAUAUUCAAUAACCUUUGUAGUAAAUUAUUAUCCUCACUGUUCUAUUUAGAUAACGUUGAAAUUGACAAAUCAUCCAAUCAAGUAAGAGGUAUCAUAAAAUGUAGAUUAAAGAAUGUUCCUUCUCCAAUUGUAAAUCAAUUAAAUAUUAAAAGCUUUAUCACAGAACAAUGCGAUAUUGAAUUAUUAGAUAUUAAUUUAACACCAUUUUCAAUUCCAUUUAAAAUAACAUCGCCACCAAUCAAUAAUGAAAUAGAUAUCAAAUGUAAUCUAGUUUGUCUAAAUGGUAGAGUUAAUAACACUUCAAUUUCAGGUUCUCCUUUUAAUUUAAAAAAAUUAAAUAAAUAAAAUUUUAUUGUUAUUUUAAUCUAAAAUUUCUUUUAGGUUUUAUUAUAUAAUUAUUAUUUUAUUAAUAC